CGAGAAUAGAAAAAAGCAUUCCAACCCACAAUCUUUUUCCUCAAAUGUGAAACCCAGAAAAAGCAAAAGGGUCCCAUUAAGUUAUUUUUUAAUUUUUUAUUUUCCCUCUAAAUAAUAUUUCCAUUCAUUUUCAUCUUCAAUAAUACAAAAAAACCCAGAAGAAAUUAUCAGUGAUGUGAACUUGUAUUUUUGUAAGUUUUUUGGGCUAAAAGAUCCCAGAAAAAUGGCUGUGGAAUCAUCUAAACUCAGGUUGGUUCGUUGCCCAAAGUGUGAAAAUUUACUGCCUGAACUUCCUGAUUAUUCUUUGUAUCAGUGUGGUGGAUGUGGUGCUAUUCUUAGAGCAAAAAAGGGUAUUUCAGAAGCUGGAAAUGGGUCACAGAAAUCUAUUGAGGAAAAGGUUGGGGUGGUUUCAGAUAAAUCUGAGAAAAAUUUAGGAAAGUCAGAGAAUAUUUUGGGUAAAGGGACUGUUUCUGUGAUUGAUAAUGAGGAAGGGGUGAGUAAUAAAUGUGAAAUUGGUAAUGAUUCUAAGAGGGAAGUUGAUAAUGGAAAUUCAAGUAUUAAUGAGAUCGGAGAUGUCGUUUUGGAAGGUAAAGUAGAUAAGUUAGAAACCAAAGAGGAGGAUACAAAUUUGUUGAGGAGAUCGAGUCGAGUGUUUGAGCGUAAAUAUAGUGAUAUAGGAGCGGGGGAGCGAUUUGGGCGGUUUAGACGAGGUUCUUUGGAAGGAAUGAGAUCGUCAAGUAUAAAUUACUUGGGUGAUUCAUCAAAGUAUCCGUUAGGUUCUGGUUAUCAAAACGAAGCUAGUCGAGCCGAUGCAGCUGAGCUCAUAGAACAUGAUCGAGAGGAGCUCUUGAGGAAGUUGGAUGAAUUGAAGAAUCAACUUAGUAGGGUUAACAAUGCAAGUGAUAAGUUCCGUGAAAAACCCGCACUAGAGCGUAGGCCGACCCAUUUAGAACCGUAUGUUGAACCCGUGGAUGGUUUUCGCAAUCAUCCAUCUAAUUUCCACCAAACUUCACGACAAUUUUCAUCUCCUGAUAAACAUGUUGCUCGACCACCUUACUUUGAUCAAUAUCACGAGCCAUUUCCACUUAAUCAUAAUUACCACAGUUCAAUGCACAACCCGAAUCAUGUUCAUAGGUAUGAAGAUUCAUUUGAUACUCAAAUGUUUCGAAGACCUCCACAAAGGAUCCCGAGUCAUAAUCAAUAUAUGGGUCCUGACUUAGAGCCUUUUGAGCCACACCUGUAUGGUAUGGCACUCAACCAGCAUCCAUGUUCAUGCUAUAGGUGUUACGACCGACAACUGCAAGCGCCUUUGCAAGUUGCACAACCAGCCUUUGCCAAUAGAAGGUUUCCGCAUGUUGCGAAUAAGUACAUGUCAAACCAUCAGGAACUUCCCGAAACUUUUGGUUCACACGGGUAUACUUCUAGAAUAGUUGAUCCACAAUCCCACUCGAGGUGGCCGAGUGAAAUUAAUGUUGAAACGGGAAGUUUUGCUCGUGGUCGUCCUCAUCGGACGGCGUUACAUAGCGGACUUCGUUGCCAUCCCGUAGUAGGUGGUGCUCCUUUUGUGACAUGUCAUAAUUGCUUCGAGGUUUUAAAGUUACCCAAAAAGGUGUUUAGCAAGAAGGAUGAGUGGCAGAUCACCUGUGGAGCGUGUUGUACUAUAGUCUCUUUCACCGUUACAGACGAAAAACUUGUACCGAUUGACUUAGCCGUAAAGAAAACUACUGCUGAGGCUCUUGACAAAUCCAAUGGGUUGGGUCAUUUUCAUAACGGAAGCUUUUGCUCGGAGGACUACGCUAACUCGGUUUAUGAUUUUCAAGCGAUGGACAGAGACCCUGUUUCUUUGUCUACUCGCCAGGGUGUGAGCUUGAGCAAGUCCGAAGAAACGCACAACCUUCACUCGGUUUCUGCUACUACUUCGGAGGAUGAACAGUUUUCUGACGAUUUGGCUGCAAAAAGAGGAAUUUCUUCUACACAUGUUCCACUUGAGAAAGCAGCGUCUUCUCCAUCUCCGCCCGGUUCACCUCUUCAAGAUCCUUUUGAUUAUACAUCCAAAUUUCGUGCUGUAAACCGUUAUGGGAUGGGGAAUUUGAGUAGUCGCUCGGAUCAAGAGAGGGUUACCACCAACAAGAAUACCGUGCGACAGAAUUCCUUGAAGGAGUCACUAGCGACCGAGAUGGAGAUAUCACAUAAUGAUUAUACACAUGAUGGGUUGCCACAAGACUCAGCAGAUUUUGGCAAAGAAGAUGAUCGCCCGAAAGUAAAGAGUCGUGGGGAUUCAUUUCUGGCAGGUAUUAUAAAGAAGAGCUUUAGAGAUUUCGCUAAAUCCAAUCAAACCAUGGAAACCGGAAAAAGAAAUGUUACUAUUAAUGGGCAUCUAUUACCCGACAAAUUAGUGAAGAAAGCCGAGAAGAUGGCUGGUCCGAUAUACCCUGGACAGUACUGGUAUGAUUAUAGAGCUGGAUUUUGGGGUGUGAUGGGUGGGCCAUGUCUUGGCAUUAUACCCCCAUUUAUUGAGGAGUUCAAUUAUCGGAUGCCAGAAAAAUGUGCCGGUGGGAACACUAGUGUGUUUGUGAAUGGAAGAGAACUUCAUCAAAAGGAUUUAGAGUUGCUUACCGUCAGAGGACUCCCAGAUGCUAGGGAUAAAUCUUACAUUAUUGAGAUCUCUGGACGAGUCGUUGAUGAAGACUCUGGUCAAGAGCUCGACAGCCUCGGCAAACUUGCCCCAACGAUUGAAAAGGUCAAGCAUGGGUUCGGCAUGAGAGUCCCGAAAGCGAAUUCCUAGGGACUAGGCGUGCAUUCAUGAAACUACAAGCUCACCGUCACACUAGUACCAUUGGCUAGAGUAUGAGCUCACCCUUACGAAUGUUGAACCGUAAUGCAUCUGCGUGCUAUCGGAGAGGCUCCAUUAACUUGCGAAGAAUUUUUUUUUUUUACGGGCGGUUAUGCUUUUUUCGGAGAGGUUUGAUCAUCCUAAAACGAAGAAAGGAAUUGUCCUUUACUCCUUUAUCUUGGUAUUCAUGUAAUGUUAGUAUCAAUUUAUUAUAAUGAUGUAUAUCUUUAGAAGUGUGUUGUAGUCCAUGGGUGUUAAAUUGAGUGAAUAUAUUUGUCUAAUGAAGUGUUCAAUCUGCUUCUAACAAUUGAGAUAUAAAAUAUUAUUGAGUUUUAAUUAUUAAUCAUUA